AUGUUUGGUGCCUUCAUCAUUUCCGUACUCCACGAAGGAUUAGAUGGUGGGGUCAAUUACCGCAGCAUCUGCGCUGGCUGCAGGAAUUGUCCAGUCGAGACGCCGAGAAAUGCGAUGCGAGCUACUCUAUCUAGGGUGACGGGCUUGAAAUACUUUGGAACAGCAACCGACAAUCCCGAAUUGACCGAUACAGCCUACGUUGAAAUCCUCUCGAACACGACUGAAUUCGGCCAAAUUACACCAGGGAAUUCGCAGAAAUGGGAUGCGACUGAGCCUAGCAAUGGCACCUUUACAUUCACAGAAGGCGAUGUGAUUACCUCGCUCGCAGAGAACAAUACCCAAUUACUCCGAUGCCACAAUCUUGUCUGGUACAGCCAGCCGCCAACUUGGGUUUCCGGCGGAACAUGGACGAACGAAACGCUUCAAGCUGUUAUGAAAACACAUAUCACAACCGAAAUGACACACUACAAGGGACAAUGCUAUGCUUGGGACGUUGUGAACGAAGCUCUCAAUGAUUCUGCCAACUUUCGAACAGACGUUUUCUACAAUGCUAUGGGUGAAGACUACAUUCGAAUUGCUUUCGAGACAGCUGCUGCUGCCGACCCAGACGUGAAGCUAUACUAUAACGAUUAUAACAUCGAAUACUCCGGAGCCAAAGCCACUGCUGCGUUGGGCAUAGUCACAAAGUUGGUCAAUGAGGGAGUGAAGAUUGAUGGUGUGGGGAUGCAGGGACAUUAUAUUGUUGGCUCUACACCUUCUCAAUCGGAUCUUAUCACGACUAUGGAAACAUACACUGCUCUUGGACUCGAGGUGGCAUAUACAGAGCUGGAUAUUCGAAUGACUCUGCCCGGCACUGAUACUCUACUCGCCCAGCAAAGCACCGACUAUGAGAACGUCGUUUCUGCUUGUUUGAAUGUUGCGGAUUGCAUUGGGAUUACCGUGUGGGACUUUGAUGAUAAGUAUUCUUGGAUCCCAGAUACAUUCUCAGGCCAAGGUGCCGCCUGCCUCUUUGACGAGGACCUGAACCGCAAGCCAGCAUACUACGGUGUUGUAUCGGCUCUCAAGAGUAGCAACAGAACCGUUUCCACUUUAACAUCUGCAACGCUGGUCAGCUCGACCUCAGUGGCCACCUCUUCAGCUGCUGGUGUACCAUCAAUUCUUACUACCUCCUCUCCAAGCGGCAUGACAACUUCGUACAUUGCUCUGUCGACAUCCAGUCUGAACCCAGCACCGAUCAGCGUCUCAUCAUCUACUGUCUCGUCACCAUUCACUGCCAUUUUGACGACAAGCACAUCUGUGUCAGCACCAACUGCCUCCGCAGACUCGACCGAUGACGGAGAUGAUACUUGCGAGUCUUGACAGCGAAGUUGUGCAUUUGCGUCUUUGAUUGGGGCCCGGUAGCCCAAAUUCUUCUUGUAUAUACUUCUUCAUACAAUGCACACAUCUCCAUAGCGAGCGCUAUCCCAAUUGCGGUGGAUCUCUUCCUCCACUGAGAGCACAGAAUAGGCUCGUACCUGAUCGGUCGGCCGCCGCUAUUGUACGCCUCUCCCGCUAUAUGCAUAUGACUCUUGAUCUGCAUCAUGUUUUGAACUGCUUCCGAUUCGGAUCCGACGAGGUCGCAUUGUCUUCUCUCGGCAUCG